AUGGCAGAUGCUGAAAAAGAAGACACACAACAAGACAGCGAUGAAUGUGAUUUGGUAGACGAUAGUGUUUCGAUGGAUGAAUGGGACAUAGGAAGGCAAGUGUACUUUAAUGACGUCAUUAUGCGCAAAGUGAUCAGUUUUGUGAAUGAUGUUAAGCAUCGACAGAACUUAGAACUUGUUAGCAUAACUAUGAAAGAUUUGAGUUCGCGUGUUCCUUAUAUUAGCUAUAACAACGAUAACAGCAUUUUGGAUAUAUAUUUUACGAGGGUCGAGCCCGUGAUGAACAUAAGUAUUGCGGGUAACAAUUUCAAAGUGACGGCAUUAACAUCCAGUGUUCGGCGUACUUGCGCUGACAAUCCGACUUCUCAAUCCAGUGUUUGCAUUCUUAAGAUGCAACACAUUAUUAAACGUUUCUCACGACAAAUUUGUCGACUGCAUAUUGGUGGCAUUUCGGAUUUCGAGCGUCGACUAGGCUACAUUCCAGAUCAUCAACUUGUACUGAGUCGAGAUCUCUGUGAUGAAUUCGACCGAUUGAAAAAUGUGGAUUCUCUGGUUCUUCGCAAUCUUUGCUUGAUGUCUUCAGUGAUCGAGUAUUGGAGUAGCAGCGAAUGUGUUCUUACCAAUCGAAUUUCAAGCCUUUGCUUCCAUAGUAUCUGGUUCGAUCAUGCCGAAGACAUCGACAAUUUUGUAUCGAUAAUUUCUGGAAGCGUCAGAAAAUUGUACCUCUCGGACUGCAGCGGAAAAACCAUUAUGAAUAUAGGAGGACGGCUUCGGACCCUCCCCAACAAGCUUGACAUCCUUUACAUAGCCAUCGAUCAUCGAACAUUUCGAACUGUGGACCAGGCGCGCCAGUUAUUUAAGGAAAUGUCUAAAUUUGCCAACAGAUUGCAUAUUUGCGCUUGCUUCUCGCGUUUUGUCUAUCAGCCUGGCUUCCGAAUACUUGUAAGUGUCAUAUCUUUAUUGCCCGAAUUCCAGCAAAUUACUACGGUGGAGUUGGAUUUAGGGCCUUUGCGAAAGAAUAUGCGAACCUAUGACCAAUUUUUUGCCGGUAUACCGCGUAUGUCACAGCUGCGAGUUCUCCGUCUGUUCGGUUUUCCGAUCAAUUAUGGCUGCAUGGAUCUUUGGAAGAUGAUGUUGCGGUCUAUCGCCCAGUUAUCACAGAUCACCGAGUUUUCGGUAAUCAAUUUGCUAAGAAAUAUUCGAACCGAUGAACUGAAGGCUUUCUGUGAGUCGUUGCCUGUCAAUCUGAGCACUCUCGCGCUUCACCACGUCCACCAGUUUCAAGACGAUCAUUUCAGCCUUAUUGCUCAACGUUGUCCUCAAUUGGAUACGUUCUAUGUGCGCGAUCUGAGAUCAGUAACAUCAGAGGGCAUAAUGAAAGCUUUGAUGGAGUUCCGAAUGUUGACCAAGAUAGCGGUUUGUCAUUCGGGUCCAGUUACAAAGCAAGCCUACGAAUUACUAGCCAAUCGUGAAGCUAUGCCUUAUAUCGAAGCCGUCAUUUUGGGUGGUAACAGAGAUCAUCAGAGCGGUAUUGUCCCGCAGGCUCUGCUACAUCGAUUACCACAGUUACGUGUGAUAGGCACAUGGAAUCGAUGGCGCGAUUGUGAAUAUCACCUAUGGUGUAAUAUUAAAGCUUACAAAGAAUUACUAGACGUAUCAUGCUACGCCGAUUGUCCAGGAUGUGGAAAAGAUGUGAGCCUGAUUGACGAUGAUGAUGACAUCUCGUAG